AUAAAUUCCUAGUAAAGAUGAUCUGGAGUCUAGUGAUACCAGUGAUAUUGCUGUUGCCACUGGCUUCCGGCUACAACUAUUGCAACAACAAGACCCAUAGAUGCAUCCUGCAGAACAGAGAGCACUUCAUGUGCCGACUUGACAAGUUUCGUCCUCUUGAUGAAACCACCAGGUUUCACGCCAUCCUUCCGGACCUUCCGCACCUCCAAGAUAAAGUACUGAGAAUACUGAACCGGCUCCGGAACUCAUUCGCAGGCGGGGAGCUAGUCACGUUCAACAAAAAGACGUUCGCGAAAGCCAAGCGGAUGCGCAAAAUGAUCUGGGACAAGGAACUGGCCCAUAUGGCUCGCACCCAUGCGUCCACCGUGUCAUACCAGCACUCCGAGUGCCGGUCCACCCACCGAUUCGCCCACGUGGGCGAGUGCCUGGCCAUGAUGACCGUAAGCCAGAAGCCCAAGAUCAACGAUAUGUUCGAAAAGAUGUUUCAAAUGAUGUUUGAAGAGUACUUGCAGGUCGAGGACCCGGAUGGCCUGCUCAAAGGCUUUGACCCCCUCAGGGACUACCAAUGGGGUCAUUUCACUACCAUCAUCAGCGAUCGAGUCUCGCGCGUGGGAUGUGGCCUAGCCGUGGGUUCCAACUGCCACAAAGGGUCAGUCUACAACUUCUGCCACUUUCUGACCUGCCACUUCGACUUCAAUAACUUGAAUGGAUCGUAUAUCUAUAAGGCUGGAGAACCAGUCAGUGGCUGUGAAGACUGGAACACUACGGGCAGCAAUAAGUAUGCCAAUCUGUGCAGAAACAAAGGCGGCAUUUACGCCCCGUGUCUAGUUUUCCAGUCAUAUUACCUUUUUCAUCCCACACAUUUUAAAUUCCAAGUAAAGAUGAUCUGGAGUGUGGUAGUACCAGCGUUAAUGCUAUUGCCACUGGCUUUUGGUUACAACUACUGCAACAACAAGACCCAUACAUGCCUCCUGGAGAACAAGGAGCACUUCAUGUGCCAACUGGACAAGUUUCCCGUGUACGGCGAGCAGACCAAGUUUCACACCACCCUUCCGAACAAUCGAAAAUUCCAAAAGAUAAUAUUAAACACCCUUAAUAACUUCCGGAACUUGCUGGCAGGCGGGAAUCUGAAGACGAGUGCCAAUAAGUCGUUCCCGCAGGCCAAAAGGAUGCGCAGGCUCAUGUGGGACACGGAACUGGCCUACAUGGCCCGCACCCAUGCCGCCACGAUGUCCUUCAAGCAGUCGGAGUGCCGGUCCACCCUGAGAUUUCCCCACGUGGGCGAGUGCCUCGCAGUGGUGGCCCCGGAAGAGAAGCUCAAUAUCGAGGAGCUAUGUGCGCGGGCGUUCAAUGCAAUGUUCGAGGAACACAGGAAUGUCACUGAUCCGGAGGCACUCCUCAAAGGCUUCGACUCCGUCAGGGACUACUACGUGGGUCACUUCACCACCAUCAUCAGCGAUCGAGCCUCACGCGUGGGCUGUGGCAUUGUCGUGGCUUCCAACUGCCCCCAGAUGUCGUCCAGCAAAUUCUGCCACUUCCUGACCUGCCACUUCGACUUCAACAACGUGGAGGGCUCUUACGUCUACAAGGCUGGGGAACCGGGCUCCGCCUGCGACGACUGGAGCUCCUUUGCCAGCGAUAGAUAUGCCUAUCUGUGCAAGCACAAUGGCUUCAUUUAUCCCCCAGAUCAUGGCGAUAACACAGAUUGAAAGACCUUGUGUGAGGUGUUUAAUAAUAUUCGUACAUUUAUAUAUUUUCGUAUGCUCUUGCCUAGGGGUUUCGAAGCACAGGAGACCAACUUUGAAUACCUUCCAGAGCCCAAAAUACAAUCCUUACACUUCCUA